GGGAAGUUUCCAAAAAAGAGCAGAGUUCCUUUGGAAAGGAUUCCAGCCCAGCCUCUCUGCUGUUCAUCCUCAUCGUCUGUGCCUCCUCAAACAACUUGUACUCUUUCUCCUCUGUUGCUGUCAGAAACCAAAGAAAUCCACGAUGGAGGCCAUCAAGAAGAAAAUGCAGAUGUUGAAACUGGACAAGGAGAAUGCCAUCGACCGUGCAGAACAGGCAGAGAUAGACAAGAAAGGUGCAGAAGACAAAUGCAAACAGCUGGAAGAAGAGCUCUUGGCCCUACAGAAGAAGCUAAAGGGUGUGGAGGAUGAAUUGGACAAAUAUUCAGAAUCACUGAAAGACGCUCAGGAGAAACUCGAGCAGGCAGAGAAGAAGGCCACAGACGCCGAGGCUGAGGUGGCGUCCCUGAACAGACGUAUCCAGCUGGUAGAGGAGGAGUUAGAUCGUGCCCAGGAAAGACUCGCCACAGCGCUACAGAAACUUGAGGAGGCAGAGAAAGCCGCAGAUGAGAGCGAGAGAGGAAUGAAGGUGAUUGAGAACAGAGCAACAAAAGAUGAGGAGAAGAUGGAGAUCCAGGAGAUGCAGCUGAAGGAGGCCAAACACAUCGCUGAAGAGGCUGACCGCAAAUAUGAGGAGGUGGCACGUAAGUUGGUGAUCCUUGAGGGUGAACUCGAGCGCUCUGAGGAGCGAGCUGAGGUGGCUGAGGCCAAAUCUGGUGACCUUGAGGAAGAAUUGAAAAAUGUCACCAACAACUUGAAGUCCCUGGAGGCACAGGCUGAGAAGUACUCCACAAAAGAAGACAAAUAUGAAGAGGAAAUCAGAGUACUCACUGACAAACUCAAAGAGGCGGAAACCCGAGCUGAGUUUGCUGAGAGGUCUGUGGCAAAGCUUGAGAAGACUAUUGAUGAUUUAGAAGAGAAACUAGCCCAGGCCAAAGAGGAGAAUCUAAACAUGCAUCAAGUGCUUGACCAAACUCUUCUGGAACUCAACAAUUUAUAAAGGUGGAUUUGUGCAACAAAAACAAGAGUCUUACACCACACUGAGCUUUCCAACAGGGCGUAAUGCACCUGUUCUCUAGCUGUGGGCACACACAGUUCUUAAUUCACUUUGAUAAAUGAAUGUCUUAAAGUCACAAACUUGCCAUUUUCUGUCCAGAAAGUCAUGUGCAAACAAUGAGUCUGAUUCACUAAUAAAUGCGGACAUGUUACAUAUUUAUGUGAACAGAAAAAAAGUUUUCGUGCAAAAUUUCAGCAUAUACGCACAGACAUUUGUUCUUUGUUCUAAUGUUGAGGAAUCUGGAAUAUUCGAAAUGAAGGAGCACAUUGCCAGAGUUAGUAAUUGGAUAAAACAUGCCCAACUAUCUCCAUAUAAAGGCUUUCCGCACAACCUCUCCUGUACAGCGAUGUGUUGCUCUCUGCAUAUACAUAUCUUUAAAGAUGCACUCUCUUCUAAGAACAUGCGCCACAAGAUCUUUGAUUAAAGCUGUGUCAUUCUUAAAACCAGUUGAAACGCAUCAAACACCUUUUAUGUAGUCAUAGCUGUAUUUUUAUGCAAAAUCUCAGAGUGAGCUGUAACAAGCAUCAUUUUUGUUACUCAAAUAGGUAAAACUUAUUGUAGGGUUAUUCAUUUUCUAACAAUAAUAUAUACAUAUAGAUAUAAAGCAAAACAUUCUAACUUAAAACAUUUCAUGUUAUAAUUGCUUGAGUUUUUUUGUGUGUAUGUGGUUUCAGCUGGUUCUAAUUUUUAUGUAAAUUAAGAAUAAUUUAAAGUGCAAACUUAUUGAUGAUUCAUGAUUUCUGCAUAAAAACAUAAACAUGUGCCUACGUACGGUUAAUGAAUUGGGGCCCAGUGUCUUCGAAGGCAGAAGUACAUUAAACCAAACCAAUCAUUUGUGUAUUUGUAAUGUUUGUAUAAACCAAUCCAAAUUAGACUUUCAUUAUGGAUUUAUUUUAAUUUAAAUUUACAAUAUAUUUCAGGCAUUUUUUUUCACCCAAUUUACCUAGUAGCUUUUUGACCAUAAUUGAAAAAUAAUGCUGAAAUGCACUGUAUACCAGAUUCAGUAUAUUCCGAUUUUUAACCAUUCCAACAAUUUACAGUAAAGUUUAUGCAAUAUAUUUUGAAUUGUCUUAAGUUUGUUUAUUACUAUUUUUAUCCAAAUGCACAACAUUGUGAUUGUAACUAAUGUAUGUCUCAUUAUCACUACUGAAUUUUAAAAUGUUUCAGUAUGAAUUGUUCUUACAUUGUUUAAAUGUAUCCACUUCAUUUGUUUUACUCCCUGUAACUCCAAGGUUUAUAAAAGGGAUAUCAUUCUAAUUAUUCUUGCGCAUAUAUAUAUAUAUAUAAUUUUACUAAUUCCUGCCACUCUUUAAUGCAUGACCCAUUCAUGUAUCCUAUGCAAUUGUGUAAGCUCUUUUUGUUUAAAAUUAAUAAAAUAUUGAAAACAGAA